CGCCCCCAAACUGCAGCAGCGCGCAGCAAGGGACAGAAAGUCAACGACCCUAUCUCCUCCGUAGCGUAAGAACUCGAGAAGCCGGGCUAAUGGAGGGCGAUCUGGGGUGGUGCUGCAGCAGCAGCAGCAACAACUGGGACCUGCACGCCGUGGUGCGCUUCGCAUGCGGCGGCAGUGGCCGCGUCGCCCCGCCGACACACUCAGACGGCUCCUCCUGGCUCCCCACGCCGCAGAAGUACGAGCUCAUCGACGGCGACGCGUCGCAGACGCUUCGGGUCGACCCAGACGUCGACGACCUCUGCCAGGCCUUCUUCGCGGCGACAAAGCCUGAGACGCCGCAGCCAUCGUCGCCAAGAAACGAUGUGUUGCCCCAGCUGCCGCUAGUCGACGAGCCGCCGGGCAAGCCGAAGAAUUCCGGGCCGACUCGAUCCAAGAGAAAGAGCAAGAAGAGACAGGUGAACAAGGAGGUGACGCGGGUGCCGGUGGGCGCGCCGGCGCCAGACCUGUGGGCUUGGCGCAAGUAUGGGCAGAAGCCGAUCAAGGGGUCCCCCUACCCGCGCGGCUACUACCGGUGCAGCACCGACAAGGAUUGCAAGGCGCGGAAGCAGGUGGAGCGCUGCCGCAACGACCCGGCCACCCUCAUAAUCACCUACACCGGCGACCACAGCCACCCCAUCCCGCUCCACCGCAACUCCCUCGCCGGCACCACGCGCAACAAGCCGCAGCCGCCGUCAUCCUACCCCGCUGAGGAACCUCCACAGCGGCUGGAUCGACCGUCCGCGUCGGACACCAACACCAAACCGCAGGGCUCGCCGUCCGCAUCUGCCGGGCUGUCGCCCAUCACUCCGCUGCGUUCUCCGUCUGUGGAAUACGAGGACGAGGAGGACGUCGACUCCGCAGCCGUCAGGCUGCUGCUCGAGCACGUGGAGAUGACGGCCGCGGACGGCUCGCUGCUGUUCCUCAAUCCCGAUGAACCCGGUCCCGGUCAGGGCGAUGGCGACGGCAGCCAGGAGGUCAUGCUAUUCCCUAAGACCGAUGAGCCCGCUCCGGGUGUGGGCAACGGCGGCGACUGCAAGGACACCAUGAUGUUCCCGAAGCCCGAUGAGCUCCCACCCACGACGGGCAGCAGCAGCAGAACGGACGGUGGCGCCGAGCCAGCCCGGUCAUGAACAUCCUCGCGAGGGGAAGUUCUCUGUAUCGUUCCUCUCGGCGUGGGAGGCUGGGACAGCGAGCAGGUGGAACUGCUGAUCACUUGUGCACACAUCUCCAUCGCCAUGCAUAGUUUGCUGUUAAUCAAUCUUGGCUUGUGUUGCAGCAGAACCAUGCAUCAUUAAUUCUCAGCAGUAGCAUUAGUGUUACUUAGUGAUGUAAUUAAGUGCUAGUCAGCUAGUUUGUGUCACCUCAUAGAAAAAUGUAUAAUUAAUCAAACAUUUAUUUUAGUUUCCCGCAUCUUUAUUUUCUUUUUUCUUUUUGUACAUACGUGUUUAAAUAGAACGUGGCUACUACUUAGUCAGUACAGUAU